GAGUGUGUCGGUGCAGGAACAUCCUGCAACAGGGCGGCCGCCAUGCCUGGGGACUGGGACAAGGACGUUUACCAGCAGCCCGCCAGCCGGACCCCGGCCGUGGACAAGCAGACCGGGCUGCCCAACCCCGCCGUCAUCGUUAGCAAACUCUUCCACUACACGGUCGAUUUGCCGGUCACGACCUUCAGAGAAUGGGUGGAACGGCAGCAGAAAAAGCAUACAUUUAAUUAUUACCACCAGAAUUUCAGACGGGUGCCUGAUCUGAUUGACUGUCAGCUGGGUGACUACCUUUGCUAUUAUGAAGCAGAGAUGCAGUGGAGACGGGAUUACAAGGUUGAUCAGGAGAUUAUUAAAAUUCUCCAGGAGCGUCUGAGAGCCUGUCAUCAAAGGGAAGGUGAGAGCCAUGUCCAGAACUGUGCUAAAGAGCUGGAGCAAUUCAAGGAGGCAGCAAAAGGUUACCAGUCAAGAUAUGGCGAUCUUGGGGCUUAUGCCAGUGCCAGGAAAUGUCUAAUGAAACAGAAACAUCGAAUGAUUGAGGAAAGGGAAAAGGAGAAAGGUGAAGCAUAAAAACGCCCACCAGACAGACAUCUGUUAAGUCAAUUAAAAAAAAAUUGUGAUAAUCACCUAUUAUGUACAGUCUGAAUGUGUUCGAAUUGUGCAGAAUGUUUAAAUUUCGCAUCAAUGUGAUUAUGAUACAUGGACCUACUAAAUAAUAAAUAAUGCCUAACCU